ACCCCCGCGCCAGAGCGCAGUUCGUAGCGCCGCCCGGAACUGCAGCUUCGUGGCGUGGGCCAAGGCCGGGGGUCGCGCAUCUCCAGCCGGACUGAGCAGCCAGGCGCGAGAGAAAACAAACAGCUGGGGUUAAGAGCGCCCCCGGCCCGUCCCCGGCCCGGAGAGCACGCCGGCCCUCAGCCCGGGCGCCCGUCCGCCCACCAUGAGGAAGAUCCGCGCCAAUGCCAUCGCCAUCCUGACCGCAGCCUGGAUCCUGGGCACUUUCUACUACUUAUGGCAGGACAGCCGAGCCCACGCAGCAUCCUCCGGUGGCCGGGGUGCGAAGAGGGCCGGAGGGAGGCCGGAGCAGCUCCGCGAGGACCGCACCAUCCCACUCAUUGUGACAGGAACACCCUCAAAAGGCUUUGACGAGAAGGCAUACCUGUCAGCCAAGCAGCUGAAGCCUGGAGAGGACCCCUACAGGCAGCAUGCCUUCAACCAGCUGGAGAGUGACAAGCUAAGCCCUGACCGGCCCAUCCGGGACACCCGCCAUUACAGUUGCCCGUCUCUGUCCUACUCCUCGGACCUGCCGGCCACCAGUGUCAUCAUCACCUUCCACAACGAGGCCCGCUCCACCCUGCUGCGCACAGUGAAGAGUGUCUUGAACCGGACUCCAGCCAGCUUGAUCCAGGAGAUCAUUUUAGUGGAUGACUUCAGUUCAGAUCCUGAAGACUGUCUGCUCCUGACCAGGAUCCCCAAGGUCAAAUGCCUGCGCAACGACAAGCGGGAAGGGCUGAUCCGGUCUCGAGUUCGCGGGGCAGACGUGGCUGCUGCUGCCAUCCUCACGUUUCUGGACAGCCACUGUGAAGUGAACAUCGAGUGGCUGCAGCCUAUGCUGCAGCGGGUGAAGGAGGACCACACUCGAGUGGUGAGCCCCAUCAUUGAUGUCAUCAGUCUGGAUAACUUUGCCUACCUGGCGGCCUCUGCUGACCUUCGAGGAGGCUUUGAUUGGAGCCUGCACUUCAAGUGGGAGCAGAUCCCUCUGGAGCAGAAGAUGACUCGGACAGACCCCACCAAGCCCAUCAGGACACCUGUCAUAGCUGGAGGAAUCUUUGUGAUCGACAAGGCCUGGUUUAACCACUUGGGAAAGUAUGACGCCCAGAUGGACAUUUGGGGAGGAGAGAAUUUUGAGCUCUCCUUCAGGGUGUGGAUGUGCGGAGGGAGUUUGGAAAUCGUCCCCUGCAGCCGGGUGGGCCACGUCUUCAGGAAGCGACACCCCUACAACUUCCCUGAGGGCAAUGCCCUCACCUACAUCAGGAAUACCAAACGUACUGCAGAGGUGUGGAUGGAUGAAUACAAGCAAUACUACUACGAGGCCCGGCCCUCGGCCAUUGGGAAGGCCUUUGGCAGUGUGGCCACGAGGAUCGAGCAGAGGAAGAAGAUGGACUGCAAGUCCUUCCGCUGGUACCUGGAGAACGUCUAUCCCGAGCUCACUGUCCCUGUGAAGGAAGUGCUCCCUGGCAUCAUUAAGCAGGGGGUUAAUUGCUUAGAAUCCCAGGGCCAGGACACAGCUGGUGACUUCCUGCUUGGAAUGGGGAUCUGCAGAGGGUCUGCCAAGAAUCCCCCACCACCCCAGGCCUGGCUGUUCAGUGACCAUCUCAUCCAGCAGCAGGGCAAGUGCCUGGCUGCCACCUCCACCUCCACGGCCUCUCCCGGGUCCCCAGUCAUCCUGCAGGUGUGCAACUCAAGAGAAGGCAAACAGAAAUGGAAGAGAAAAGGAUCUUUCAUCCAGCAUUCCAUCAGUGGCCUCUGCCUGGAGACGAAGCCUGCCCAGCUGGUGACCAGCAAGUGUCAGGCUGACGCCCAGGCCCAGCAGUGGCAGCUGCUGCCACACACAUGACGAUAGGCUCGGGCCUCCUGUACCUUUUGCAUGAGACUUUGGGACCAGAAGGGGGUUAGGGUGGGGAUCAAGUGGGCUGCUUCCAUCUCCUCACAUUUCUGCCAGGAUCAUCAGCAAACACCCCUGUGAUCUGUUUCUCCAAAGCUUGGUCUAGGGAGGACUCAGGGGGCCACCCUGCCAGGUUCUGGGAGAGGCAAUGGUCAGGGUACUGGGUUGUUGCUGGCAGACUGGGCAGGUGCCCUUUGUCCUCUCCCUUGGCCCUUCUUGGGCCCAGACAGUGGUGUGGGGCUCUCCCCUUGUUGCUUGGGGGUAGCAAGGACAGAAGCCUACAGAGGGGCCAACUGGGAUCCUGGGGCCAGCGUGGGGACAGCAGGAGAAGUGGGCGGUGUUUGUGGAGAGGCCAAAGGCUGGGAAGAGAGGGAGGGAGAAGAGAGGGGCCACCUGCAGGGGUUGUCAGCAACUAGGAAGGAGGUGAGCUCAGGGGCCUGUGCAAGAGAUGCCAAGUCCAGGGGCUUGGGUGUGGCAGGAGUAGGCUCCUGGGGUAAAGGAUGGGCACUUUGCAGAGGAACACAGAUGGACCGAAGCAUUAAAGAACAAGGCCUCAGGACAUCAUGCCACCCCCUUCUCGCCAGCCCUGAGCUGAGCCUGAGACGCGCCCAGUCCUGACUCUGGGUGUCCACAAGCUCAGCAGGAGGCUGCGGAGGGAUCUGGGGUAUCGUUUUAAAUGGACUCCACUUCGGUUUGGCUGUGUGCCCACCAAGACCUCUCUUGAGCCUUAACGACCAGCUGGGGCCCUGUCUCCUCUGCCUGAGCCCACUGGGAGGAUGGGGAGCCACAUGCACCUUUGAGCAGCCCCAUGCUCACUGGCCUUCUGCUUUCUCUCGGAUGGUUGCCUCUGUAAAUACAGCAUCGUGAGUCAGGGUGGCCAGGAAGAAUGGGACCUCCUUUCUGGAGCCGAACAUCCCCUAAGUGACUAGGGGCUAAGCUCCCCAGGCCAGACCUCAUUCGGUCCCUUCCCCCGACGGGAGGAUUCCCUCCAAGGCUCAGCUGUUGCAGUGGGCUGGGAGGCUGGCUGGUGGCUCCUGUUUGGGUAGAGAAUUCCCAGAUCCUUCUCCCAGCCCCUGAGAACACAACUUCCACUCCUCCAUGGCCCUGUUUUGGGAUCCCCUCUGUUCCCCCAGGCCCCCGCCCCAACCCUUCCUGCCCUGUGCCACUGGCUUAGGCAGUGUGAUUGUCGGGAAGGGUUGUUGGUACUGGAACCCCUGGAAUCUCUGUACCGACGCAGACUAUCCUGGUGUGGACACCCCUACCUAGUCUUUCAGAGAAAGUACAUGCUCAUGGCGAUUUCAUGGAUUCCAGAAGGUUUAGGAAACUCCAGAAAUUGUCCCCACAGUAUCCCAUGAUGUGUGUGCAUAUAUGCGUUUUCCUGGGGAGAAGGUCUACGGACUUCCCCAGCUCCUUAAAGAGGUCCCUGAUCCCCAAAGGGCCCCAGUCUCUGCUUUGGAGUGGAGCCACCAUUUAUCUGAGCUGCCACCCCCCAUAUUCCUCCCUGCUGUGCCUAAAUCACCAUUGCCCUGUUCCCCCCACGUGGCCCUUGGGUGAGGAGCAAGCACCGGUGGUCUGCAGCACCGCCCUGGGGUGGUCCAGUGCUCUCCUCUCACCAGCACCCCUUGGACUGCUCCCGUCCCCAAGUAUGUGCAAGCCUCCAGGCUCAGCACAGGGGUCCUCCUCGGUGGCUUCACUGUCCCCUUCCUCUGCUGUGGUUUUACUGCUGCCGUCCCGGGAUCUCCUAUCCAAGUGGGAAGCCUCCUGCACCAGCUGAGGACAGAACCGGGGCCAGGGUGAAGACUGCUCCUUGGAGCCUCAGCCGGCUUGGCUGUGGGCUUCUCUCAAAUGUAAGGACUGCUGCUCAGAGCGCCUUUGAGAUCUCUCCCUUACUUCCUGUGGCCACCAGGCUCUGCACUCGUCAGCUAUCCUUUGUUGGGAACUCAGCCCAAUUCUGGUUUUGCUUUUCCUCCUGUUGACCAAAGCAUGUGCCACUAGCUGUCCUUGAGGACACUGUCUUUAUGAAACACACACCUGGAAUAAAACCACUUAUUACAAGUUCACAUA